ACCAGUGUGUCGGCGGCCAUGGCCAGGUCGGCCUGGACCGCGGACUAGUGCGAGUGAGCUUGCCAGUGUGUCUGUGUGUGUGAGUGAGGAUAAUCUCUGCAACAAAGGAAGAACCACCGCCACUGCGCAUCGGAGUACGGCCCCUCGCGUGGAGUCGCAGGGCCGAGGCGGCAUGGCCGGCAUGGCGCGGCAGAGGGGCGCGCGCCGCCCUGGAGAGCCCUCCGGCGCCACCGGCGGUUAGUCCCCACCACCCCGCGCUUGAGCCAUGCUGCAGACGGUGCUGGCGGGGGCCUCGACGGUGGCCACCACCAUGGCACCGCACGACGACGUCGUCUCCAUGCAGCGCAAGAUCACCGAGUACACGCUCAGCCAUCGCUACAUCAUCAGUGUGCUCAACAGCCUGAACCUCACCGACGCCGAGAAGGAGUACCUAAACCUGGGAGAUUCGCUCAACAGCACGCCGACGCUGUCCCCGGACUGCCGGCCCGACACCUGCUACUGUGCUGGAGGGAUGCGCGACGUGCUGUCCUCGUACCGCCAGGGCCACGGCUACUUCGCGCUGGCCGUGUGUCUGUUCGGCAGCGUGGCCAACCUGCUGAACGUGGUGGUGCUGACGCGCAAGGAGCUGGCCGGCGCGCCCAUCAACCGCAUCCUCACCUGGCUGGCCGUCGCCGACAUGCUGGUCAUGGCCGAGUACGUGCCCUUCGCCUGCUACAUGUACCUGGUGCUGCCCGAGCGCAAGGACUUCCCGCGCCUGGGCGCCAUCUUCAUCCUGUUCCACAGCCACUUCGCGCAGGUGCUGCACACCAUCUCCAUCUUCCUCACGCUCGCCCUGGCCGUGUGGCGCUACAUCUCCAUCAGGUACCCGCAGCACACGCACUCGCUGUGCUCGCAGAGGCGCUGCACGCUGGCCAUCUUCUUCUCCUACGUGCUGCCCGUCGUGGUGUGCAUCCCGUCGUACCUCACCAUCAGCAUCCGGGAGGUGCACCUGCUGGAGAACCACCAGCUGGUCACGCUGUACCACCUGGGGCUCAGCGACCUGGCGCAGGAGCGCGGCAAGUUCCUCUACAUCCUCAACUUCUGGGUGUACUCGGUGCUCAUCAAGCUGCUGCCCUGCACCAUCCUCACCGUCAUCAGCGUGUGGCUGAUCAAGGCGCUGUACCGCGCCAACCGGCGCAAGGCGCAGCUGCGCGGCUACAGCCAGGUGGCCGUGCUGGGCGUGCAGCACAACGGCAGCUGCGGCCCCCACCUGCAGCACCUGCAGCCCCAGGCGCGGCGGCCGACCCGCGCGGAGCGUCGCACGGACCGCACCACGCGCAUGCUGCUCGCCAUCCUACUGCUCUUCCUCAUCACCGAGUUUCCACAGGGUAUUUUGGGCUUGCUCAGUGGCAUAUUCGGCCACAGCUUCUUCAGCAGCUGCUACCACCUGUUCGGCGAGGUGAUGGACAUCCUGGCCCUGCUCAACGGCGCUAUCAACUUCAUCCUGUACUGCGCCAUGAGCCGCCAGUUCCGCACCACGUUCGGGCAGCUGUUCAAGCCGCGCGGGCUGAUGGCCAAGCUCCACGGCACCACCACGUCGCAGACCGAGGUGCAGAGCACGUACGUCUGAUGCCGCGGGCCGCCCUCCUGGUCGUCCUGGUUGGGGGUGCUGUUCGGUCGACGCCGUCCUCGGCGCGACGGAGCCUCCCCCCAGGAGGGCCAGGGUGCGUGCGGCCCCUGUCUCAAUGCCCCGCCGGCCGCGGCCGUCACGCCCACCGUGGUGCGAUUCCGCUCGCCGGGGGCCAUCGAGGUGCUCGUCAUGGGCUCGGUGCGCUACCGCGCCGGCAUGGACGAGGUGCUGUGAAGGAAAAGGACUGUGAUGUGCGCGGCGGGCGUCUCGGCGUUCCGCGUGGACUCGGUGCGCCACUGUGAAGAAAAAGGACUGUGAUGUGCACAGCGGACUUCUCGGCAUUCUGCGGCGAGUCCAGUGUUUCUAGUUUUAGCUUAGGAUAUAAGUUUUCGACUAUAUGUUACCUUCGCCAAAUAAUUAGUUAUCAAUAUUUUUUGAGGAAAAACUGUGGUUGUACAUAUGUGUGUGAGUCAGUGUGAGUGUUUUUACGAGAAGCCCGCCUGGGAGCUGAGGCUCCACUGGGAUGUUCAAGGCGCGCCAAGGUGCCAGGGCCAAAGUCAAAGGAAAGUUGCUAGUUCUCGUCUGUUUCUUCUCUUUCGAUUCCAGUCCGCCAUUUUCUCUCCCUAAGGUAUCGCACCCUUUCAGCGUAUCAGCACAAAAGCCAUACGAGGAUCCGAUGCGUCAUUUUGCUCGAUCGGCCGGCCAGGGCGGCCGUGGCGCAGGCAGCUUGCUCGGGCCGCUCCUUCUUGGCAAGAUUCAAAGGCCCUCCAGGCCAUGCCUUUCGCCGGUGCCCCGCCCCACCCCGGCACGCCCACCGGGAUGCUUCUUGCCCGCUCCCUCUGUGCCAAUGUUUUCCCCCUGUGUUCCUGGUAGCGGCGUCUCAUACCGAGAUGCGAUCCCCGACGGACCCCUUCCGAGCACACCCCGAGCCCGCGUGUGUUGGGAAGGUGGCGCUGCACGGCCGUGGCACGGUCCAGGGCGUCAGGCCCGCCCAUAAACAACACCUGCAGUUUGCUCUGCUCGCUCAGUCACCGCCCAUGAACGGAAAUCCAUUAACUCGGGUAUUUGAACCUUCGACCUCGUCCUCUGUCUCUUUUUUCGCAACAUGUUUUCAAUAUCCUUAUGUAUAUUUUUCCGCGGAUGGCUGCGCUGCAGGAUGGAACGCGUGUGUCGCGCCAGUCAUCCCCUCCCCCUCCCCUUUCCACUCACCGGGACCAAUGACACAUCGGCGUGGCCCAGGCCGACACGAAAAUGUAGCGCGAAAUUAAAAGCCAUCAAUCACGGCGGCGCGCUCGAGGCGCGAGGCGCGAGGCAGUCGCGGCCAAAAGGCCGAAUCCAGAGUCCUGGAUAAACAAGAUUGCGGUGGCGUCCAGAUGGACCGAGAGGGCCUCGGAGCAGCGCGCUGCCACUGCGGUCGUAUAAAUUUCUCAUCACGGCUUGGUUCCCGGUCCCCCUUUUCCGUCGGCGGUCGCCACGCGCCGACUGCUACACUGGGAGCCAUCAGUGAAUCGGGGCGAUCGAGGACUUUUGACUUGGAGGGGAAGCAAAGUUGCUCUGGCUCGGCGGAAACGGAUAUCAGGGGGAGGAGGGAAAUAACAGCAGAAAGAUGAUAACAACGCCUCAAUGCGAAAAAAAAACCAAUAUUAAUGCAUUUUGCGAGAUAAAAGUACUCGAGUUCUGGGGGUUUCUAAACGAAAGGCAGCAUCCCUUUCGGUUAGGAAUCCUCGACGUCAUCGAGAGCAUGGCGGUCUGACGUCACCGCUCUCUGCAAGUUUGGCUCUGACGCAGCCGACGGCCCCCUAGACCCUGUACUAAUGCUCUUUGACUUCGCUGAAUGCCACGGCCGCGAAAGCCGCUUGUCUCGAUCGAAAAUCUGGCCGGCCGGCCGGGCCGGGCCGGGGCCGCCGGGGCCAUCAUUGUGGGCCUGAUGAGACGACGUCCAGUAACCCGCGGCUUGGAGGGGAGAUAGGGCGGCGGAGGGGUGGCGGGGGAGGGGCAUUAAUUAGCAAGCUCAGUGGGAGGAGCACAGCGUGUGCGUGGGUGAGCCAGACCUCCGGCGGACGAUGCUAUGAAAACGAAAGGGAAGCAGGGACGAAUAAAAUGUCGCAAACGGGAAACAAACAGCGCAAAUUGAAAAGAAAAUUUUUUAAUUAAAAACCGAGCGAUUUGUGAGGUGGACUCGGAUUGAGUGGCACGGGAUACGCGCGUUUGUUGAUUUCGUAUUCCCCGGACGUGUUGUUGGCUGAGUGGCACAGGGCAGUGGGUAUCCUGCCGGGUGUGUGUGGACAGGGGCGGUGGCAAGGCGCGUCCUAGAGAGUAGCGCAAGGGUUGUCGAGCAGCGAGCCCUGCUUGUCCUGCUGCGGGAUUACUGCCCGCCCGAUCGGAGCGACUGGCGCGGUCGGCUUACUGCCAUUACCGUCGUCUUGCUGCCGAAAACAUUUCCAACCUGCGACUGUACCGUCGCCACCGCGGUGGCCGGUUUCCUUCCCCUCUGAGAAGACCGUGAGGAUUACAGUCGAAAUGGCGAGUUUUAAGCCGUUUUCUUGUUGUUGCUGUUUUUUUUAUGUGCUCAGGCCGCCGCUGUCUGACUGAGGCAGGCGGUGGCGUGCGAGCCGUGCCGUGCUUGGCUCUCACCCACCCAAAAACGCGGCGUGAUCUCGUAAUGUGUGGACUUUAAUAAGCUUGUGUGACAUUUUUUACGACUUGGUGCAAGCCAUCCCGGUGUUAGGUUGCAAUAAGUUUGUUGUCGCAGUGCGCGGGGUCAGCUGAUACUUACUGAGCCAAGUGCAACUGGCCUCGUCUGCACGGCAGUGUAUGUUUGUAGAUUAUUCCUUGUUUUGUAUGUUCAUCUAUUUAUUUAUUUCUUUAUUUAUUUAUUUACUUAAUUAAAAUAAAAGUGAACUUUGUGCAUUUUGAGUCAUUUCCUUACAUUUCUCCGUUCAUUAGGCAUAUAAUG